CUGCAGUCAUUUGGGCUUUUCAAAAAUCGUUUUCUAAGUUUAAUCGCGAGUUUAUAUUGAACUUUUUCGCAUAUUAUGGUGCGUUGUGUAUCUAAUUAACUGUUUAUUGUGGUUUUUGGAGGUUUCAUUGGAUAAAUUGUCCAGAUGGCACAGUAUAGAGAAGUAUUAUGGCUCAAAGUCGUCCCAACACAAAGAUAAAGGAGUCACUGAAGCUGAAAACUACUAGUUACUUGAACAAGGACGACAGUGGUUGUGAUACCUGCCCUGAAGAGUGCUUGACUGACACCAAUCUACAAGAUACUGACAGUGAGAGCCAGUCUUCAGAGGCCUGCAAACAGAAAUAUUCAGGCAAGAGUCGGGGCACCUCGUCGAUCAAACUCAGAUCGACUAACAGGAGCAAAGCUGACAGCCAGCCUCUACCUGAUGUCGAAAGAACGGGGACAUCUCCCACCACACAUUCCAACAUGAAAACUAAACAAUUUAAGGAGGAACUAGACAAGAGUAUCGAUGAGGACACCGUCAUAGAACCCAAGACCCGUGCCCGCAAGAAGGCCUCAGAUAUCAAUGAAGAUGACAAGAAAGCAACACCAGACGAGCCUAAAACGUCCAAAGAACCUAAGAAACCUGUAGGCAAACCUAAAGCUGUGGUCAAGAAGCGACCCUUAGGCAUCAGAAAAACUUUAAGAAGCAAAAAAGCUUUAGUUGUCAAAGAAAAGGUUAAAAAUGUUAUAAAACAAACUGCCAAGAGAGGAAGGAAGCCUGCAAUCAAAAUAAACACUGAGGACACCCAAGAUAAAGAAGCCGUCCCAUUGAUACCUGCCUCUGAAAUCAAGAAGGAGCCAGUGGAAGACACACCUAACUCGAGAUCCUGUAGUCCAAAGACAGCUGGCAGGAGACCAAGACUCAGCUCUGACAUGGCCAUGAUGAAGACAAUGCUUGGCGACUCUUCAGCAACCCUGGUGCUGGGACCCCGCACCAGCCCAUAUUCAAUGCGCUCUGAAAGAAGCAAUAGCCCCUCACUGUUUGAAGGGAAGAAUCUUCGUAGCGGAAAACCUAGGAAAGUCAAGAAUAACUUAUUGAGUGAAGUUGUUCUCAAAGAACAGAAGAAAAGGCGUAGACUGCAUUCAGAUUCUAAGACUUCAGAUAGUGCAGAAACUCCUGAGGACUGUAAGAAGUUGAAGAGAGGUCGCUCAUGCUCUCGUGAGGGCAGUGAGAUCUCCAAGUGCUCAGACAACACUGAGUCUGACUUGAGCAUGAGUGAGACGCUCAACGACACAGACAAGGAGCUCAACAAAAAAGUAGAUAAAUCUAAGACUGACCUAGAUAUAGAUAUUGAAAAUAAUGUACAGAUCUCGACUAUUGAAAAAGUGCCUUCUCUUGUUGUUGACUCCAAAUUAGCUGAAACCAAACUGGACCCUCCGGAGCCUAGUAGUAUCAUAAACGCAAAGGAUAAGAAACUGAGCUUAAACAGAAGUACUUCAUUAGACUCUGAUAACAAUAAUAGUAAUAGGAUAAACUUAGAUGAUUUAAAUUCAAAUGAAAUAGAAGAAAAAAUGAUAAUGAAGACUGAUAAUACGCUUUUUGAUGCUCGUAGUAGUAUAUUGACUAGUAUGUCUAAGACAUUCAACUCUAAGGAGAUGUCGAAGAAUAUAAGGAAGGCGCGUCGAGGGAGGAAAGCGAUGGCAGCGUCACGACCAGCGCCCUCCCCCGCCCCCGCCGCCGCCCCCGCGCCCGUCUGCAUCGCCAACACCAUCACCGCCGACGCCGCCGACGACAAGGUGGAGACCAUCGACACGCUCACUAAGGAGAUCAACGAUCUCAUCAACAACCUCGACCAGAACAUCGACGGCGACCUCGAGAUGGUCACGGACACGAGCACGCCACUACCCACAGACACCACCCCCGACCAAUUGCAGACUAAGACUGCUUCUAAAUUCUAUGGCCUAGCCAAACCCUUAAACGGAGACAACGUCCCCGCACCUGAUACUCCUGUAAAAGACAAAGAUAUUAUAUCUCCUAUCAGUUGUGAGAUCACGCCGUCCAAGAAUGACGAUGGUGAGAACAUACGACUUCAUUAUGAAGAAGAUUCUGCUGAGAAACCUGUUGACGGUGCGAAGCAUGAAAUACCAUUUAAAUGUAGUACCGCCAGCAUUGACAAGCUUAUGGGUAGACUAAAAGAGUUUGAGGAGUUCGAUAAGAGAAGACAAAUGGAGUCCAAAGCCACUGAUGGCGGCAAAGGUAUGAUGGUGACCAAUGACGUGGUACUUAUACCUAAGUCUGGUGACAUCAAGCCACUAAAAGACAUACAGUCUGUCAGGUCGCCUGAAAAACCUAUAGAAAAGGAGAAUGUAUUGAGUUGCUUUGAGAACAACUCUGCUAUUUCAAUAGUCAAGAGAGAUCAAGUGAGGAAAUCCACCGACGUCGACCUGCCUAACUCAGUCACUCUAAUAAAAAGGAAUAGUUUUAGUUCAAGGAAAGAGUCUACAAGUUCUAAUCACUCGCGAGAGUCUGAUGCUAUCAGUAUAUUUGAGAAGUCGCUGGGCAAGGAUGUCACGCUGACGGAGAUAAGGAAGUCGGUGGACAAGUCGGCGAUGCAGGCCAGCACGCCGAUGGACCUCCACCAGUUCGCGACGCUGCACCCCAACACACCCAACUCGAGUCUAGCGGGAGUCGUAUUAGAUUCCAGUCAGAUCUCGAUAACGCCCCGCGUCGUCGACUCUAAGAUAAACAAUGAUGUGCAAAUAAUCACCAAGAGGAAAUCGAGGGAGUCGAUGUCGCGCAAGUCUUCCGAGUCCACUGUCGAGCCUGAAGAUAAAAUGGCGACCAUUGAGAAGAUCAAGUCUCCGCCGCAUCAGAACGUGUCUCCUGCGGUAUCUAUCACGCCCGCGCCAGUCGCUGUCAAGUCGCCUGAAGCUGCCCCAGUGGAGACUGAAGCACUGCCCCCACCGAUAGAAACUAUAAAGUCUAUUGAAGAUAUUUCAGCUUCUGAAGUUCCUAAAGUCGAUGCCACUGUUGUUAGUGCACCUAAGGUAGAGGAACUGAAAACUGAAACUCCAAUAGCGGAGGCUGAAACUCCAGUGAGUGCAGUGCCGGUCACAGCUGAAGCUGAGGCGAUGGACGUAGAACAACCUGAACAGAAGCCUAAAGAGACUAAAGCUACAGAAUUGCUAGUAGAAGAAAAGACUGAAACAAUUGUGGAAGCAAAACCUGUAGAGCCUGAAAUAAAGCCAGCUAAGAGUCCUAAGACUAAAUCUGCGCGCAACUCUACCGAGUGCCAGGCGGGACCCAGCAAUGCACUCAACGAGACACCAGAGAGUCAGAAGCGCAAGGAGAACGUGUUACGGACGCUCGGCUUGCUGACACACAAGGCGGCUAAAGAGGCGAAGAUUGAGAAGCUGAAAGAGAAAGAGAGGAUAUAUGGUUCUAACUAUGGUGGUAUGAUGUCUAAUAAGAGUAAGGCUGCUAAGUCUCAGGGUGAUUACACGGGUACGCUGAAGACUGUGAUCAAGCUGAACCGGGGCGGGGACAAGAAGAAGCACCGCAGCUCGCUGAAGAUGACGUUCCAGAAGAGCAAGUACCGGUCCGGCAAGCCGACGCCGGAGGUGGGCGAGGCGACCGCUGAGGAUGACGCCUACUACACCAUAGAGCGCCGAGAGGGUGCAGCCGGCGCGGCAUCUGACGGUGGGCACAGAAAGUCUCAUUACAGUAAUCGUCUUAACAGCCAUGACCCAGAAGCGGCGCCCGAGCCCGUGGAGCCCAAGGAGACGUUGAAUCUGGUCAUCCCGGAGAAGGCUUCCUCAUUCAGCAUACACCCCGGCCGGCUUUGUAUGGACCAGUGCUUCUACUGUGGGGGGAAGUUCGGGCUUUUCGACACACCCUGUCAUAUAGCCCAGAUUAAGAGCUCCGAAAGACAGAAGAAAGUUCUAGACAACGAGGAGAAGUUGACGAUAGACAGCUGUCUAUGCGACGCGUGCUACCGCCACGUGGACCGACGCGCGAACUGUCCGUCGUACCGCAAGCGACCGCUCGGCAAGCAGACCAUGGACCCACCCAUCACGUCGCUUCACAAUACUCAAACGGAGAAGGCAAUAAGUCCGCCCCUAGAGGAGGACAGCGAGGAAGAGACGCCUCCUGCCGCAGUGGGCACGGGGCGGGCGGCGGUGUGUCACACGGAGGGCUGCAGUGCCGCCGCCGACCACUCCAUACGACGCAAGUGGCUUAUCAAGAUGAGGACUAGUGUUAAUAAGCUGCUGAAGCUGAAGUGCGACUACCCUGGCUUGCACACCCUCCCGCUGUGCGCGGAGCACUACCGCGCGCUGGCGCCGCUGCUCGCCUGCGCGCUGUGCCGCCGCCGCAUCACCAAGCAUCAUAACGUGUACUUUAUACACCAUGGCUACACGGAACUGAACCCGUACCUCAAGGCGGCGCUAGUCCCGGUGCAGUUCACGGAGCGGCCGGUGCUGUGCAAGGCCUGCCGCUACUACUGCACGCUGCUGCAGCGCCCGGGACACAAGGACAACUACGCCACCGCUUAUAGGAACAAACUACUACAAAUCUACAACCUCGAAGUACCACAAAAUCAGCCAUCAGAGAACAACGACACGGAAGAUACAAUCAACGACGACAGCAAACUCAAGAAGAAACAAAGACCUAAGUCUAAGCAGAGGAAGUCUACCGAACCUGACAGUAAACUCGACAGCGAGUCUGAGAGGACCAGCGAGAGCACACCAGAGAAGGACAAGAUAAGAGAAGACAGCGACAGCAGGGAACAACCUCUAGAGGAAGACAUAGAGAGCCUCAUCUCCUCAAAUAAGAUCCUAGUACCCAAUGCUGCCAAACCUACUGACAGUAACCACCAAAGUGAUGCUUCCGAGCCUGAUAUGCAAGACGUGGAAGGCCCAUUACUCCCUCUAGACAAACAGACAGAACUGCAGUACUUGUUACAGAAACAAAACAAUCCUGCACAGUUCCUACAGAAACCUAAUCUUACAAACAAACAGAAGAAUAUACUAAAAGUGCAUAAUUUAUCCGGUGUUCAGAAACCUGCCAACCAGCAUAGGAUUGUAGAGAAGAAUUCUAAGAGGAUACACAAGUUGGGACAGAUUCUAACACAUAAGGAUAAAGCUAAGAGUGAUAAUGAGGAAGAGAGAGUGAAGGAAGGUAUACCAAUACUGAAGAAUAUCUCAUUAAAUGAGGAAUGCACGAUAGAGUCGAUACCUAACAAACGCCCGGCGGAUAUAAACACGCUGAAAAACAAAUGGCAAAUGUCUGAAAGCUUCACGCAAGUCAAGAAAAACUUGAGCGAGCUAUCCAAGAACAAAGAUCAUAAGAAGGUGUCAGAUACAGUGAAAUACUCAAAUCCCGUCAAAAGAUUAGAAACCAACCCUUCGAUAUCUGUUAGAGAGUUGUUCCCGGGCGAAGAGGAAAUGAACCUACAGUGUAAUAUAGAAUUCAAUAAUGUUAAAGGCGUGACGCCGGAAGGUUGGGAGAAGUGUAAUACAAUGAUUCAGUAUGACGUGGAAACUAAGAAGCUUUGGAACGAGUUACAGAGACCGUACGGCAACCAAUCUUCAUUCCUGCGUCAUCUAAUACUGCUAGAGAAAUACUUUAGAAGUGGAGACUUGAUUCUAUCACAUAACGCGUCACCACACGCGAUGAACUACAGUGAUUCUGUACAAAGCAGACUAAAGGCUUACGACAAUGUAGUCAAUGAUACUCCCAGACGAAACGAGCCGGCGAUAAGCUUGCUAGAAUUUAGGAAAAAGCCUUCAAUAAAUGGCAAGAGUUUGUUAAAAUCUAGCCAUAGUGAAGGUGAUAAGGAAACUAAGAAGUUUAUGCCGCCUCCUGGGGUGUUGCCGAAGCCGAAAUCGAAGUCUGACAAGGCGAAGUCGAAGCCGCUGCCUCCUGAGCUGAUUGCGAUCAACACUCCUAACGCACAGGGUCGGAAAGCGAUACAGAAUGUGUUACACAAUAUUCAGCAGUUAGUGAAAGGUGUGUCGGCGUCGGAUCCUACGGAGAUCGCAGCUGCGCCGCUACCCGUCGCCACAGUGUCGACCUCAGUGUCCGCCACGGUGUCGGGCCCAAUGUCAGCCACAGUGACAGCUAUCCCUACCAAGAUCGACCCUCCCGUCCUCCCCACUCCUAAGGAGAAGAAGGAUGCUUCCAAGAAGGAGGAAACUCCUAAGAAAACUAAAGCGACUAGCAAGCCUUGGAGACCUACGCUUAUGCCAAUCACUCCGGAGAACCUAGCCCGCAUCGCCCGGGAGCCGACACAAGUGGCCGUGGACGGUCGCACGCUGCCCAGCCUCGUGCAGGUGAUGUCCUCCGGCAAGCGCUACCACAUCACGCUGCACGACUACAACAAGAUGUGCAUCAUGCGCCGCGAGAAGCUGCAGCAGCUGCACGACACCGACAAGAAGAAACCCAGCGACGACCACGUGCUGCCAGACAUACAGCCCGGAGGACAGUGCGCCCUACUCGGCAACGGCGGCUCCGUCGUACAAAACACCCCAGACGACAAGAAAGAUCCCGAAGUCCCACAAAUCAGCUCCAACGCUGCCAACAUACUCAAAAAUGUCGGACUAAAGAAUAUAACGAUAGCGCCGAUACCCCAGAAGACGGCGACGGUGACGUCACAGACGGUCGCGUCGCCUAUCGUGACGUCACCCUCGCUGCUGGUCACCACGACGCCGAUCAAGAUACCGCAGCUCGGUCCGGCUGUCACUAUCAUGAGUGAAACGGUUCUGUCUCCGCCGGUGGUGUCGCAUAUGAUGAUGCCGAAGAUUCCCAAGUCCCUGACGGUCAUACCGCAGAAUGUGGUGCCUGCCGCCCCGGGCGCGGCGGCAGGCAGCGCGGCCGGCGCGGGCGGGGACGGCCAGCGUCCAUAGCGACGCCUCAUAUACGUGCUGAUAUAGCGCAGAGACUAUUGCAAUAAGUGAGAGCACCCGAAAAGCCUUAAUAAUUAUACUGUGUAUAUAUUAGUGUAGUGACGGACAUUGUGCUGUGAAAAUGGUGACAAGGAAUGUGUUAAAUAUAUUACUCUGAAAGGUUUUUAA